UUGAAGUAUUCAGGUGCUUGUUCUUCGGUCAACAAAGCAAAACAAUCGGGAGCAGGUUAUAAACAAAAUCGAAAGGCACCCAAAAGCGGAGAGCACAAGUACGCACACAACUACGAACUACAACUACAAAGCACAGCACUCAGAACCCAGAUAGCCGAACGAACAACAAAUUCGACCUGGGCAAAUGAAAAGCGCAGCCAAAAUCGAUAUUUUGUGCCAGCGUCGCGCGCAAAUAGGAGCUGCUUUAGCGCUUAAUAUCUCGAAUAAACUCGAGCGGAUUGGUUUGAUUAGUGAGCCAAAUAUAGGGAUUAUCUGCAACACAUUAUGGAGUCCUUCCUGAGUCUCUUUGAUCCCAAUCAGGACGACGGCUUCGAGGAAGAGCCCGAGCUCAAUGGCAACAGCAGCGGCGGCGGAAGCAGCAGCAGCGACUAUGAGACGGACGCCAAUGCCAACGAGUGCAGCGUAGUGAGCGGGAUGCCCACCGAGCGGGGCAACCUGAUCUUCGACUUCGAGCAGGGAAUGCUGCCACCAGAGCCGCAGCUCGGAAAUGUGGAGUACAAGCUGAAGCUGGUCAACCCGUCGAAGCAGCGAUUCGAGCACCUGGUGACCCAGAUGAAGUGGCGUCUGCGCGAGGGAAACGGCGAGGCCAUCUACGAGAUUGGAGUAUCCGACGCCGGCUAUCUGCAGGGACUCAGCGACAAGGACAUGAAUGCCUCGCUCACCACGCUCAAGCAGAUGGCCCACAGCCUAGGAGCCAGUACCUCAGUGCUGCGGCGAAAGACCAUCGCCGCCCGACGCGCCGUCGCCGAGGUACUGGUCCGUAAGAUCCCCGACGACCAGCACAACAUCGAGGUUCGGGUGGCGGUGCUCGGCGGAGCUGAUGCAGGCAAAUCCACUUUGCUGGGCGUGCUUACACAGGACGAGCUGGAUAACGGACACGGCCGGGCGCGGCUCAAUAUGUUUAGGCACAUGCACGAGAUUCAGUCUGGCCGCACCUCCUGCAUCUCCCACGAGACGCUUGGCUUCGAUGCACUGGGUAAUGUGGUCAACUACAAGUACAAUGAGAUGAUGACGGCAGAGGAGAUUAGCGACAGGUCCAGCAAGCUGGUUACCUUCAUGGAUCUAGCCGGACACCGACGCUACAUGCGCACCACCGUGCAGGCACUGAGUGGAUACUCACCCCACUACGCCAUGCUGGUGGUAUCGGCGGGCAGCGGUUGCAACGACACCACCGAGGAGCACUUGGCUAUCGUGCGGGCACUGGACAUGCCCUUCUUUGUAUUGGUCACGAAGACAGAUAUCACAUCGCCGGACGCGACGGUACAGGAGUUGUGCAACCUGCUCACCACCAUUGGGUGCCGGAAGGUUCCCUUUGUGGUGACCAACACGGAUGAGGCCAUCUCCGCCGGGUCAAACCAGAUCUCCGAGAACAUUGUGCCCAUCUUUUGCGUAUCGAAUGUGACCGGCACGGGACUCAACCUAGUCACAAAGUUUCUGUACGUCCUUUCGCCCGGAAUCAGCAACGCCGAGAAGGAUCGACUCGAGCAGGAGUCUUGCGAGUUCCAGGUGGACGAGAUCUUCCGGGUCUCUGACGUCGGACCCGUUGUGGGCGGUCUACUUGUCCAGGGCGUGCUGACCGAGAAUAUGGCAAUGAAGAUUGGUCCGCUUCCCGAUGGUAGCUUUCAUCCCGUUACUGUUAAUACUAUCCACCGAAACAAGGCUCCUUGCCGAGUUGUCCGAGCUGGUCAGAGCGCUUCGCUGUCUUUCAGUAUGGAUCAGGAUGUGCCCACGCUACGAAGUGGCAUGGUUCUUUUGGGUGAUAUUGGAAAUAGUCUGGAUGAGCCCUACGGGACCUUCUUCUUCCAAGCCAAGGUGUCCGUGCUGUUCCACGCCACGGCCAUCUAUGUCGGCUUCCAAACCACAGUCCACAUAGGCAGCAUUCGCCAGACGGCCGUCAUUCGGGGCAUUAUGGGCGGCGAGCGACUGGGCACAAACGAUUGUGCUUCGGUGAUGUUCGAGUUCGUCGGCCACCCGGAGUACGUGCGUCCUGGAAUGCGCAUCCUGUUCCGCGAGGGCACCAGCAAAGGAAUCGGAGUUGUCACGCAGGUGUUUCCGGUCAACAAGACAGGCAUAAAGUAGAGAAGCGGGCCAGAUGGAUAGUUCCAAUGACAUAUCUAUAUAUCUCAAACAAAGAUGACAUGUACAUAUACUUAAUUAGCAAUUAGAGGGAGGCGUUAAAUCUUAGGCAGAUCUUCUGUACACUUAGUUUCGGGUUCUGUGAUUUUUCGUUUAAGCUCGGCUCACAAUCGGAUGUUGUGAGUAAUCCUUCUCAAUUAACCUUAUUUCAUUAAAAUCCACCCCAAAAUGC